AUGGAUGUUGAGGAUGGGGCCCUGCUGGGAAAACAGAGGACUGAAGUGGAAAAGUUGGAGAGGUCUGUCGAUUCACCCGAGCCCUGCACAGUGAGAAACCCCGCGCCAACGGUUUCACAUGAAGGUGAGGUGAUUGAUGCGGCGAUGACGGCGUCUCUUGCGACCGGGCCGCUUUUCCUGAGCGGUCGAAUCUGCGCCUCUUCAAAGGCAAAGCAUACAACGACGAGCCGCGCCGAUCCGCCCCAGCCACACGGUAUGCACGUGGUUGACGCUUUCACCCCGUGCAACCGGCUUGGGACCGAGGGCGUGACACCCAAGCCCCGACGCACACGAACCGUGUCGGCGUCGACGAAGCCCCGAGAAGUGGGCGCACCGUACAAAGAGUCACACAGCAAGCGGUUUCGUGACCGUGUUAUGGGCGCACGAGAUGGUCUCUGUAAUGAUGAUCGGGUGCUUCUUCUUGCACGCGAGAAGGGUGAAUGCAUGGCUGAGCUACGAGAAAAAAGUGUGCAGAUCAAACGGCUUGAAGUGACCGUUCGUGCCCUGCGUGCGCAACUGGCACGAAGUACAUCCAAGAUUGGGGUCCCUCUUGCCGAGCACGAGAAAUUUACCGAUGAUGCACGAGUGUCGCGUCUCGUGGAUGAGAACAACGGUUUAGAAACGCGCUUGCGUGAGGCGAAUGCCAAACUCUCGACGUGGAAGCGUGAAGCCCGCGUCGCCCACCUGCAGGAGUUGAAAAUGGAGCUCGCAGUUUAUAAGGCAGAGGUGACUCGCCUCUUAUCCACGACGCAGGGCGGUCUGGAGAGGGAGUUGCGGAGGAGCUGCAUCGAGUCUCGCCUUCGCGAGGCUGUUGACGCGGCCAAAGCAAAAGAUGACGUCAUUCAGGAACUAAGGAGAAAACUUUCCGAGAAUGCUGCGGCAAUGGGACGCUCCUUAGAGAGUGCCAUGUUGAGCCAGAGUACUGUGGAUCAGCUGCAGGAAGAAAACAGAUCACUUUGCGAAGAGCUGCACGUGCUAAGGAAGGCGGCGGUUGAGCUAACGCACACAAGAGAAAAGUUGGAAUGUGCCCGUGCGGAGCUCAAGGAGGCAAGGGAGAGGUUUCAUGAGCUCAGGCGGCUUGUGGGAACAGUGGGUGGCCCUGCUGAGAUCUUUACCGUCAUCAAGGAGCGUGAUGCUCUGCUGAAUUUGUUGAAGGAGCAAAACGCGCGUGAGGAAGCUCAGAGACGGGAGUUUGCACGCCAACAGGCGGAUGCAAGGCAGAGCGCGGAGAAAUGUCUUCAAAAAGUCCUGCAGGAGGAGCGCGCCGUGGCUGGGGAAAAGGUGGCCCAACUUGGGCAUAGCUGCAUGAUGUGGAAGGAGAGUUAUGAACGCUUGGCACUCGGUGGUGCCACCGAGCGGGAUCGCCUCGAAACAGCGAUGCAGGCCGAAAAAGGAAGACAAGAAGAACGGCAGCGUGACUUGUGUUUGCUGCUGAGCAGAAUUCCGUUGCAUUCGAGCGAGCAGAGCCAACCAAGUGCGGCCCAUAUACCAGCUUCCUUGGAGCCACAGCCGGUCAAGGCGCUAACUGCGUCAGCGCGGUCCUCGUCCCAAACGGGCAUGUCAUCGACAUCAACCCUCUCAAAAUCGAAUUCGCCGUCUUCGAGAACUAAUCAUGUUGGCAGUGAUGACAAGAAAGGCAGAAACUCUCCUACAGGGGCGGUUCAGCAAGAGGGAAGUUGCCGUGGUAGCAUCAACAGCAAGGCUGGACGAGGAGGAGCUUCGUCAAGCCAACAAGCGUGCCUUGAAGGUGAGGAUUACAGUAACUCUAGUAGGCGCGCCAAGGCUCUUCAGGGGCCCUUCACUACCGCAGCCUCCGGCACCAGUGGAGGGGAUGAAAUCUCCACGAUUUUGGAAAAAGGAAGUCCCCGUCUGCCAGAGGCAGAAGAUGAAGUGGCAAACAUAGAAUCAAACGAACGUGGGAAUGAGCAGGGGGUUCCCCUCACUCCAUUGGAAGUUAGUGGCGCCGGUAAACCGACGUCAGUGCUCUCUUUAACGGGGAACAGAUCUGCAUUGUCAGACACCGCGUCAGUGCCUCUGGCUAGCGCCGACAGAAGCUCGGAGCCAUCUCUUCCAAUACAUGUCCAGGUGCCGCCGCCGCCGCCGGCUGUUGUACCCGCGCCUCCGGCCGAUAGCACUUCUUCUUCUUCUUCUGCUGCUGCUGACGGGGACACGGAUUCGGAGCCGUCUCUUACUAUACGUGUACAGAGGCCAUCCACGCCACGCAGUGGCGAGCGCAGUUCUGGGAACCAGUAUAGAGCGUCUCCUGUCUUUUUAGUUUCUGGCUUCUCUGACGUCGUCGGGGAUGCUACUGCUGAAGAGGUUCGCCCGAAAAAUCGCUAUCAAGAGGAGGAUGUGUGGGAAACGGUAAGCGCUGCUGAGGACGAGGAGUCUUUCACUGUGCACCAUGUAGGAUCAUGA